AUGAUCACAAACGGCGACAUACCAGCCAAUUACGAAACAAAGACUGGGGAGACCGCUUUGCUUGCUGCUGUGUCGGCCAAGAACCUGUAUGCUCUGGAGAUACUGAUGAAGAGCGGUGUCUCUAUCAAUACUUCCAAUCGAAAGGGGUACACUCCACUCAUGAAAGCUCUUGCCGUGGCAGUGCCGCAGCAUAGGCCUUCGCCGAAUCUGCUUCAGACGGAUCAAUCAGGAAGAACCGCCUUCGACUGGGCCAAGCUGACGGGUAACACACUGGCGCUCGAGUGGAUGGAGCAGCGCCAGCGAGAGAAGUCCAUCCAGUUUCAGAGUCUUGCUAACCGUCAAGAACGAGUAGCCCAGUGUCAAGAGCUGUUGAAUCGCCAUGAAGGAUAUAUCCAACGCAUCGAAAGCCUGAUUGCACCACAGUUCUUUAACGAAGAAGAGGUGAUCCGCUUCCUCAAGUCGACGACGAUCUCAUCGACUGAGUUUACCAGCGCUCUUAACGAUUUCAAGGCAACGACCGACAAACCGACAGAAAUUCCGUUCCGAUCUCAGUAUUUCGUGAAUGUUGAAACACGAGAAGGCUGGACCCCGUUGGCGAAGUGUGCAGCUUUCGGAUACGUUGCGGCCGUACAGGAAUUACUCGGGUUGGGUGCUGAUCUUCAUUAUGAAACGAGGCUCCGACACACUGCGAUGACUUGGGCGUCAUAUUGCGGCCAUGAGGCUGUGGUAUUGCAUUUGCUGCGCGUUGGAGUGGACGUGGAUCAAAAGACGAGGGACGGGAAGACGGCGCUAUUGCAUGCGAUUAGCAACUCUCAAGCCAAGAUCGUGCACCACCUGCUUAUCGCCACGCGUGACCUGUGCUUCCCCGCCAAACCAAUUGAAACUUUCUCAUCUGAAGCAGAAUGGCAUGAAACAUUCCUGAAGAAGAUGGGGUGGCAGGAUCAAACUGGGAAGGACGCACUCAAGCAGGCACAAGACGUUGUGGAGCAGGCUCAUUUGAUCUGUACCGACUUGCAAGACGAACCCAGUUCAGACCGAGGUGACGCGUUGGCCCCGGCGAUUCAUGUCCUUCGCCAAGUCCAAAAGGCCAUCAAGGAGGCGGGAGACCACAAACUAUACGUUAGUACACACGCAGAGCGCACGAAACUCACUGUGUGUCACAACGACGGCUGCAGCUUCAUGGCCCCCAAUGACGUACUGCCAACACAUGAGCAUCAUCACUGCGUCAAGCGCCUGAUCAAAUGUGACAACUGUGAGGCCUCGUUCAUUUUCGAAGAGCGAAGCCGGCACGAUGCCCAUGUUUGUCCAAUGCGCCGGGUUUCCUGUACGAAUUUUGAGUAUGGAUGUCAGGAUCAAAUGCUGUUCCGAGACCGCGAGCACCACCUCACUCACCACUGUCGGAAGCGAGAUAUACAAUGUCGUCUCUUGUGUGGAGCUGUGGUGCGCUUUGAUGAACUGGACGGCCACGAGAGCGCUCAAUGUCCACUACGAAUUGUGUCGUGUGAUCAGGGAUGUGCUGCCACUUUCACUGCGAAUUCCGGCAAGACCCACAGAAUGCGUGAAUGUCCGAAACGAAUGGUUCCUUGCUCGGGUAAAAACUCUGUGAACGGAGGAUGUGGGAUACUGGUGAGAUGUGAGGAUAUGGAGUUUCACUUGUCUACACUGUGCAAACUGCGAGGGCUCUCGUGUAAGUGGGCGUCCUACGGCUGUGAAGAAAGAGUUGCGGGUGCUGCUGAGGCGCGACAUCACCAUGAGACUAAUGAAUGCCCCUAUCGACUGGUGUCCUGUAGAAAUGGAUGCGAGUUGAGUGGACGGAUAUUGGCAUGUUUUGCUGAAGAACACUAUCGCUGGCAGUGUAUGCUGGAAAAGAAAGGCUGUUCUAAUCAUUGCCAUGAUUCCGCGGGCCAAGAGGUGAAGUUGCCUGAACAUCUUAUGAUGGUGCAUGCGCUACAAGAUGCCGGCGCUUGCCCUUUGAGGAAGACGUAUUGUCCACUGGAUUUGUGCGGCAAACACAUUCGGCUCUUCGACAGUGAGCUUGAACGUAAGAACGCCUCCGCUCGCAUUUGUCGUAUUCUUACAUUCGAUUCGAUAAAAGCGCAGCAUUUACUCGAGUUUCCGGACGGUCACUCGGUUUGGUUGUCACUUGAUCUGCACUGCUGCCAUCGAUUAGUUCCAUGCCCUCUCAACUGUGGACAGCGACUUCCGGCGCAUACCGUUGAAUUUCAUCUGGCAAAGCGUUGUAACAAUCGCAACAGUAAAUGCCGACUUGGAUGUGGAGACGUCAUGGCUUUCUCGCUUCUGGCAGAGCAUGAGACCGAGCGUUGCGUGCUACGAUCCGUCUUCUGUGAGCAUUGCCACUCCAAUGUUCCUGUGAAACUGCUAGAAACUCAUCUAGAUAAAGAAUGCCAGCAACGUCCACGAGGUUGCCAACUUGGCUGCUCCAUAAAAGUCGCUUGGGCUGACAAAAUUGAGCACGAGUCUUCUCAAUGCCCCAAACGUUUGAUAAACUGCAGAAUUUGUGACGGAGAAAUCUGGUUUUGUGAGCGUGAUAAGCACGAGAAGGAUGAGUGUCCACUACGCGUUCAAGGUAAAUGUGAAGCUGGCUGCGGAGAAACUUUACGUCACAACGAGAUCGCUCACCACCUUCUCUACAGCUGCACAAAGCGCCUUGUCGACUGCAAGGAGUGCAAGCUGCGGAUGCCUUUCGAUGCUUUUCAAGAACAUCGCCAUCUUCUCUGCCCUGAACGUGUUGUAAAGUGUAGAAAAGGUUGCGGGAUGCAACUCAAAGAUAUCGACGCUGGUGCUCAUGAGAGCGACGAAUGCUCCAAGCGGUUGCUGUUUUGUGAGAAUCAGUGCGGGUUGCACGUACCGUACUGCGAAAUGGAGGAGCACCUCAAGUCCAAGUGUUUGAUGCGUACCAUGGAGUGCCCUACAGGAUGCCGAGAGAGGAUUUUCGCCUAUCUCUAUGAAGACCACUGGAAACGCUGUCGUCAACGAGUUGUUCCGUGCGGCGUCGGCGGGAAGUUGUGCGCUCGGCCGAUUCGGGUCUGGCAUAUGGGGAACAAGCUCGUUCGCUGUGCUGUCCACAGUGAGAAUGCGCUAAUGUGGGCGUUGAAGACGCAAGAUCUCGAUCUCGCCACCUAUUUGUUGCAGAACGUUGACGCCUUCACCGUUGUGAAUGAAGAAUUUGCCAAUGGAUUUUCACCGCUCGUGUUGGCAUCUUCACUUGGAAAUGUGGACUUGAUUCAAUUGCUGCUCCGGUUCGGAGCCGAUGUGAACCUGGAGACAUCUCGUGGCAGAACGCCACUCUCUGAAGCUUGUAUCACUCAAGACCCGGUCGUUGUAAAGUUACUGAUUGAAAGCAGAGCCAAUGUUUCGCACACCAAUCGACAGGGUAGAAAUCUGCUCGAAAUGAUUAUUCAUUUACUGGAAGAACAGGCGGAGCUUGAGCGUGCCCAGCGCGAGCUCUUUAUCGCCAUUGCGUGCUCCAACUACGACCACUUGAUCCAGUGCUUGAAAUACUCGGCCAAAGCGCCGAACCAUUCUUCUCUUCCAGUUGCAAACCCCUUGGAGGCUCUGGAAGAGCAAGUUAAUGUGAAGGAAAAACAAGCUGAACUCGUACGCGCAGAAUUGGACGAAGCUAUCCACGUAUUCAACGCAUGUAUCGCUGAGACGGAGGCAAAGCGAGUCGAAGCAGCUCAACUAUCCUCCCAAGUAGACGAUAGCUGUCGCCGCUUGCAGAACGUUGAAAAGGCUGAAGAAGCGUCCGAUAUCAACUCGAGCGCGCUUGAAGCUGACAUGCUAGCGAUGAUCAGAGAGAUCACGGCACAAGACAUCGCGACGCUGCUGAACUCCCACGUCCCAUCCGAGACGUCUCUCGUCGUAGUGAAAGCUCUCUCGUUGUUGUGUGGAGUGGUGCCCCGUGGAAGACGCAACGCGACUGAGUACACCGACGUGGAGUGGUGGAAGACUGCUCAAGCUUUACUCAUGGAUCGCAGCCUCUUACGAAGAUUACGUGGCUAUCGACAACAAACCAUAUCCCCCGAUGUCAUGGCAAAAGUUCGUCGAGAAUGCCUGAAAACAUCGGCUUUUGCUGCGUGCUCAGCGGCAUUCAAGGAGAGUCGAGCAGCUUUUAUCAAUGAUAACGAGGAAGGAGAGCGUAGUUUGAACAGUCGAAUCCCCCCAGCAGAGAGUCUUCGGGGUAAUAUCGUGGGGAUUUUGGCGACAUGGGUGCAGGGGGUGGGAAUCGAGUACAAAGCUCGAUCCGAGCGGCAGGCACUCGUCGAGCGUAAACGCCAGCUAACUGUUGCUCUUACCGUGGCCCGGGAGAAGCAGCAACACGUCACCUUCGCGGCUAAAGUGGAAGCGCGAUCUCUUCCUGCACGGCAAGAAGAAGUCGAAGCUGUUCGAGUUGAGAGUGCAGCCGCUGAGAAAGAACUUGAAGUGGCCAAGAAACGUCUUAACACUUACAAGUUGCUGAAUUAUGCAGCGCUGAGUGGCCACACGCCACUUACCUUCGCCUGUGCUGUAGGGAAUGAAGCCAUAGUUCACAUGCUCAUCUCGCACGGCGCCAAUAGCGGCCACCAGUUCGAGGAACAGUCUCUGUGUGCGUCCUUCAUCCAAGUUCUCGUCCGUGACUACCAGUUCAGGAAGAAGGUUGAACGGAUGAGGAAGAUGCACGAAAUGAGCGCUGGGGGUGUCAAACUUCGCUCAGAUGCAGCAACUGAAGCGUUGGUUCGCGACGUGGCGCAUGCGUUUAUGGUCGGCCAUUACAAGCGCAAACUCGUUCACUUCCGACAAACGCAUCGAGUUGCGCUACACGAGGCGAUUCUCAAUGGGUAUCCAGAAAUCGCUGCGAUUCUGCUAUCGAAGGAGGCGAAGUUGUGGCACAAGACGUACGUUCUACCCGAACGAGUGUACCCUGGAGCUCUUCUGGAGAAUAUUGCUCCAAUAUCAUCGGAAGCUCAGGAAAUGGUGAAGAAAAGGGGGAAGUGGAAGCUCCAGCCACUAGCGUCGGAGCAAAAGAAGACACAGGGAGACGCAGAUGACAUCGACUAUCGAAGACCCAUGACAGUGAAAGAUACGCUGAAUUGUGCUCUGAAAUACUACGACAGUCGCUUGUUCAAGCCAUCAACGGGUUGGGAGCCACCUGACGUCACGCUUUACUCCUACACAGCCGAGUUCUGGCAAAAAGAGCUGGCGAUAAGAAGAAACGUCAUGCGCAAGACUGCCGAGCUGAAAGAAAAGCACGCAGCAUUGGAGUCUGCUAUUAUCGCGCGGGAUUUCAUUGAAGUUUCUCGUCUACUGGAUGACGGAGCAUUUGCAGACUUUGAGACGGGUGGCGGUGGAUUGUCCGCUCUGAUGGCAGCGUGUGUUGAAGAAGUUUACGUGGAGAACGAAGAUGGGAAAGACGUGCUGGCGGUGGAAUAUUUACUGGACCGCGUAAUGAAUCGCCCGCUGGUCAAUUACGAGAGCUCCACCGGUGUCACGGCGUUGGGAACUGCGGCGUUUUAUGGCACGUUGAAAUGCGCUCAGGUGUUGAUCGAGCGAGGAGCAAACCCAAACUUUGCUGCACGUUUGAACGGACGUACAGCGCUCAUGGUAGCUGCGAACAACGGGAAAGAGGACGUUAUGCACUUCCUUUUGGCAUACCGAGAAGUGGACGUCUUCCAUCGCGACUCCAAGGGUAGAACAGCAUUGGACUACGCUCAGAGUCAAGGCUUCGUGAAGAUCGCGGGUAUACUACAGGCAGCGAUGGGUGGGAAGCGUGGGCGUGUAGUGAGCACGAUAUCGGGGUUGUAUGGAGUUUGCAAGUGGGGCUGUGGCUUCAUGGCGCAAUUCGAGGAUCAUUUGGUGAAGCACGCGAAGGUGAUGAAGGACACGAACCCUCUGGAGACCCACGAGUUGCAUCACUGUCCUAAGCGUCAUGUGGUGUGUCCAAAUGGCUGCGGCAUCGAGAAGCUCUGGGCAGAAGAGUUGAAAGACCACCUCAACCAUUCCUGCGCGCUUCGGCUUGUCAACUGUACCAACCAGAAGUGCAUCGUCCGAUACCCAUUCCAGCACCGCGCUAAACAUCUCCAAGACGAGUGCGAGUUCCGACUCGUGGUGUGCGAAUGUGGCGAGAGUAUGACCUACCAGCGGCACGUGCAACAUGCGAAAACGCAGUGUCCGAUGCGAUUCGUUCCCUGUCCAUUGCAGUGUCUACUGGCAGAAUCGGAAAAGAACAACAGCUCAGAGCCUCGGAUAUUCCGGCUUCGGUGGCAAGACGUAAAGGCUCACGUGACGGGAGAUUGUCCUCACCGCAACGUGCGUUGUCGCAAUGGAUGCAUGAUCAAUGAUCUGUUACUCAAGAAUCGUCCUCACCACGAGACAAAUGUCUGUCUACUACGUCGUGUUCAAUGCAAAUGGGGCUGCAACGAGACGGUGAUAGCCAACACUCAAGCCAUUCACGAGCAAGACGAGUGCGACUUGCGUCAACUAAUGUGUCCGAACCGCUGCGGAAGGAAUAAUGUCCCCAUCUUGCAACUGGAUGAGCAUAUAGCGAAUACUUGUUCUCGUCGACUGAUGGUUUGUCCGUUAGGCUGUGGACGCCGCGUACCACUACAUACUAUGGACACUCACGCAGCUCAGGAGUGUCGUAAGCGUACUGUUACUUGUGCUCAGUGUCAGCAAACAAUGCUGGAGGAAGAUCGAGUAACGCACCAGAGCAGUCAAUGUCCCAAUCGGCUGACCGUGUGUGGACUGUGCGGCCAGUCGAACCUAUCGCACGCACAAAUGGCCCACCACCGGAAGGAGGAGUGCAGGAUGCGCCAAGUGACGUGCAAGUACCAGUGCUUCGUCAAGCUUCUGCUGGCCCAUGAAAAAGAGCGACACGAAAUGUGGGAGUGCACUUUUCGACCGAUUUGGUGUCCUCUUGGUUGUGGAGAAGUGUUUGUCUGCAAUACGCUCAAGAGACAUCAGCGUUCAUGCCCCAUGCGAUUCGUCGUGUGUGGGAAUGGCUGUGGCGAGGAGCUCCGAGAGAAGGACCGGGUAGAGCAUGAACGACACUAUUGCAGCAUGAACAAGGCGCGGAUUUCUCGCUAG